AACAGUUUUAAUAUGGCGGUGCUACACUAGAUAGGGAGGCUAUUCAUUUUCAUUCAGCAUCUGUAGUGCCUGUGACAUGUCUCGGUUUUCAUUGCUACAUGUGCAUGGGUUAGAUACUGAAUAAAGGCCAGAGCACUAUUUUAAAGUCUGUGUAGACCAUUCUUUGAUAAGUGUUUCUCAACAAGUUGCUGUCCAAGGAUUUCCAGUCCUAUCUGCAGGGAUUUGUCAAAGUAUUAUUGAGUCCUUAACUUCAGCAGAUUCAGGUGAAAAACAACUGAGAAUAUAAUGUCAUCAGAAGACAUGCAAAACAAUCCUAGUUCAUUUGAUGAACGAUCUUCCUCUAAUCAAAGGGUGGCAGCAGCUGAAUCCAUAAAUGUGUCAGUUGAAAGUAGUGACAAUGUGUCAAUCGAAUGUAGUGACAGUGUGGCAAUCGAAUGUACUGACAGUGUGUUAGUUGAAUGUACUGACAAGAUGCCAAUCGAAUGUAGUGAACCACCCCAGGAGAUGGCACAGCCUCUGAUAGGAUUGAUUAUUGAAGAAGUUCCACAGAAUUCUGAGUCUGUAAACUUAGAGGAAAAUUCAGCUCAAGCAAGCAGAGCCUCAAACCCAUUCGUACAGGCAUUCCACCUUAGCCAAUCAAUCCGUGAUGACAGCAUGUCUGAAAGAUUUGACACAUUUUCAUGCUGUCCUUCUCCACAACAUAGAGCAGAUAUGGCGAUGGCAAUGCCAACCUGUCGAACGAAUAUGACAAGUUUGAUUGAUGAAGAAGUGGUAGAGGAAGUACUGGCAUGUGGAUUCCAGUGGAACGAUGUAGAAGUGGCUGUUGCCAGACUGCUGUCCUGUAGAUGUGCAGAUGAAAUAGCUGUCAUAGAGAUUCUGAAAUACCUUUUCCAGAAUGAAAAAGAAACUGAGAUUCAGCAUGUUCCAAAGAUGGAGCCCUGUAUGGUGUGUCAUCUUGAGGACCCAAACAUUCUGUUCCUACCUUGUUGUCAUAUCUGUUGUUGCCAGAGCUGUGGGGAGAGUUGUUACUUGUGCUCAUAUUGUCACUGCCACAUCAAAGCCAAGAAGAAAAUAUACAUUCCAUAGCGUAUAGAAACAGCACCAGGAAAGAAACCAUGACUUUACAUUUGGUUUCAAUUUGAUAAUGUUGCAUAGAUUACAUUUUAUGAGAGGCAUGCCCACAAUUUGAACUGAAUAUUGUGAGUUGCAUCUCUUAAUUUUACCUUUAUACCAAGGGCAGCGUGCUGGUGCAGAGCUCUAAGAAUCAGUAUGUAGGAAAAAAACGAGCUUUAAACACUUUAUUCCGCCCAUCGUCCUUUAUUUAUUUUUUCCAGAUAGGGACCAUUCUCAUUGUUACAGCAGGCCAAAGACAGCUAUUGUGAUGCAAUAUUUAUUUU